AUGAAUCCCGUUAUGACAGACGUUAUACAGGUUGGCAUGGUUGUAACACAUAAGGUGAACAGGUGGAAGGUGCUGAGGAAUAUUGCAUCGGGACCGUUUUCCGAUGUGUUCAUUAUCUCAGAUGAGGACACAUUACAGAAAUAUGCGAUGAAAUGCGAAAAACAAGAGGGUAACCUGAGACCGGUAUUAAAACUGGACGUAUUGGUAUUGAUGGCCGUCAGAGGACACACCGGAUUCCCAUUGUUUAUAGCAGCUGGCAGAACGAGUACUUAUAGGUGGGUAACAUCAGGACAUCACACUGGGAUCCGGCUUUCGAAAAACUCACUCUAUAGCGAAUGUGUGAUUGAAGAUAUUUACAGAUACUGUGUUAUGCAAUUAGUUGGUCCAGAUUUAGGAAAGCUUCGAAGAAGUUUUGCCGAUAAAAGAUUUUCUGUUCCCACCGCUCUCAGAGUACUACAGCAAACAUUAAGAAGGCUAGAGGUACUGCACGAUGCCGGCUGGCUUUGUCGGGAUGUUAAAGCACCAAACUUUGCAAUUGGCUUAGGAGAAGAAAGUAGUGUCAUAUACAUGCUGGAUUUUGGGUUCUCAAGAAAAUAUAAGGAUGAGAAUGGAGCGAUUAUACCGCCGCGUAGUGCAGCAGCACUUCUUGGCACAUUCCAGUACACCUCACUGGCCAGCCAUGCUCAUAAAGAUCAAGCACGCAAAGACGACUUGGAAAGUUGGUUCUACAUGGCGGCCGAGUUACUGAAAGGUCCUUUACCGUGGUCGAAAAUCAACGGUCAUAAAGAACAUCAAUUAAUAGCGGAGAAAAAACGGCGAAUUCGAGCCGAAGAUCGUGCCGAGUUCAUGGGAGGAAUGCCGGCGGAGUUCGACAAUAUACUUACGAUGAUCGACAACAUGGGGUGA